GGCCGAGGUAUCAUGGAGGAUCAGUACAGACCCAGUACAGACCCAGUCCGUCAGAGGAGAGCAGCUCCGAGCACCGGGACCGCACCUCCGUUACCGAGCACACGAAGCACCGACACCGGCACCAUGGACAUGAAGAAGAGGAUCAGUCUGGAGCUGCGGAGCCGGAACCCGGCGGAGAUAGCGGAGCUGGUGGUGGACAACAGUCGCUCUGCGGACGGGGAGGUGGAAGGACUCUCAGACGACUUCAAGGAGCUGGAGUUCCUCAGCAUGGUCAACGUGGGUCUGAGCUCUUUGGCUAAACUGCCGUCGCUGCCCAAACUACGUAAGUUGGAGUUGAGCGACAACAACUUGUCUGGUUCUUUGGAAACUUUGUCAGAAAAAUGUCCAAACCUGAUCUACCUCAACCUGAGUGGGAACAAGAUCAAAGAGCUGAGCAACGUGGAGGCCCUGCAAAACCUGAAGAGUCUCCAGAGUCUGGACUUGUUUAACUGUGAGAUCACGUCUCUGGAGGAUUACAGGGAGAGCGUGUUCGAGCUGCUGCCUCAGGUCACCUACCUGGACGGCUUCGACCAGGAGGACAACGAGGCUCCGGACUCUGAGGCCGAGGACGAAGACGAGGACGGCGAGGAUGGGGCGGGGCAGACUGGUGACUAUGACGAUGAGGAUGAUGAAGAAGAGGAUGAGGACGGCUCAGAGGGAGGGGAGGUGGGGCUGAGCUUACAGGUGAACCGGGGGGAUCAGGAGGAUGAGGAAGACUUUGCAGAGGAAGAGGAGGAAGAAGAGGACCAGCCAGGCGUUCAGGGACAGAAGAGAAAGAGAGACGUGGACGAUGAAGGCGAGGAAGACGACGAUGAUGACGACGACGAAGACGACUAGUCCUUCAAUCAACUCGUCGUCUGUGUGUCGUCCUGUCCUGUUUCUGUCCGUCUCAGUCCACCUCCGGACCCGACCUCCGCCAGACAACAAUCACUGCAACCAUGGCAACAUCAGCAGCAACAGGAACGGUGAUCUGAAAUAGUCCCUUUCAGUUUGCAGUAGAAAAUCACGUCUUUGUUUUUAGAUAAUAUACGAAUAUUUUAUCAGAACUUUACCUGAUGGUUCUCAGCUGAAGACUCAACACAUUUCCCUUUAAAACCUGGUUCAGGGUGAAAGCCUCCGUCUGUCCCGUAAGUCCGUCUCCACGUCCUGACCCUGAACUCUGACCCUCGUCUCAUCGUCGGCUGGACGUCUGAAUCUGAAGUUCUGGUGUGAACCGGCUCCUUGUUAAAGAACAGGUGUGAAAACCAAAACACACUUUGUCUCAUGGGACGACUACUCUUCUUCUUCUCCUGUAAACAGGUUUAUUUUUACCAGUCGGGGGGGCACUGUCGCCCCCUGGUUUUUAGCUUUUGUAAUGAGCAGCUUUUCCAGUCCAGACUACAAGAUGUGUUCCAGCACCUGAUCCUAUCAGUCUGAAUCAUCAGGUUACCGUAGUUACCAAAUGGCAGUUUGUGAUGUUCACUUUAAAGUUGCAGAUGUUUUGUAAUAAAUCAGUUUCGUUCCGUGUUUUCACUGAGACGUAGACCCGCCCCCUCUGGUGGUCCAGAUGUUUUCACAGCAGCUGUCGGUUACAGAUGGCAUUAAAUUCUGAGAACUGCUCUCAUGGAUGUUGACAACGUGCGCACAAACACGUCGUUAAAAAGAAGUUCAUCUCCGGCCUGAAUCCUACAGUUUGUAAAGCAACACCUUGUUAAGAGCAGGUCAGUGGUGGAUUUAUUUGCUGUCACAGGCGUAGAAUCACCAUGACGACAUCCUGGGACAAAAACUUCUUUGACAAAAAGGUUUGAAAAUCUUGUAGUCUGAACUGGACUUGUUUUCUAAGUUUUGAACAUCUGAGCAGAUCCAAACAUUAGUUUCACCUCCAAGAAACCCGACUUCUCGUAUUGGGACCUUCUUCUUCACAGGUUUUUACAGAUUCAUCUUCAUCACAUCGUUCUUCUCUGAGCCUCAGACCAGCAUCUGAUCUUAUUCACCAAAAACUUGUUCCGGAUCAGAACUCUGUUCUUUCUGCAGCCAUAUCAGUCUCUGACCGGCGUGGAGCACGCCCUCUUCAGGAGCACCGUCACGUUUCAGUCCGAUAAACUCCCUGACGUGGACGAGUCACGUGACUCUGCCGUCUCACAGUCGACAUAUGCAGACCUGCCGUCGCUCAGGUCCACAGAGAUCGUAUGAUUAAUAUUCCCAGUGUGUGUUUGAUUUAUUGUGGGGGUUCUUCAGGGAAGAUUAGGGGGCGGGUGGGGUGAAGUUGUAGUUUGGGUGUGUUUGUUUUUGAAGUUAACAGCAGCCUGUUUUUUGUCCCCGUCAGCAGCUGUUGAUGUUUUUAGUUUGAAGUAGAACCGAGCGUCUCGUUCUCAAACAGCCCGUCCCCUUGCGAUAUUCAGACCGCUGCCGUCACACUUCAGGCUCCGCCUCCUAAACACAACUCCCCCUUUAAACCUCAGGUGCCCGUUUACCGGCAGCUUUUUGAGGCGAGCACUGAGUUGGUGACGUGUCUCUGAGUCGUUACGCGAUGUUGCCUUCACUGACACCUGCUCAGCUUGUGACUCUACGACUCGGUCCCCUGUCACAGUGGAUUAUGGGAUGUUAAGGACUAAAGACGGCUGACUUCAGAGUGCUUUAGCUGGUCUCGGGGGGCGGAGUUUGAACGUGACACACCUGUUGUGUAUUUUCUACUUUCUCCUGCUUCGGGCGACAGAAACAAACCUGCUCACAAACAAAAAACUGAUCAGACAAGAAAAUUUAGAACGAGACUCAAAAAUGAGUCCAGAGAAAACUUGUCUUUCUCACACGACGCCGAGUGCUGGCUGGUUUUUCUCAGGUGAGUCAGGUUUGUUCCCGAAGCUGCUCAGACUUUUAUCUAAACUGCUGUAAACUUUUAGCUUUUCUCUCAUUUUGCACUUUUGAAAAUGAUAUUGUUUUAAAGCAUCCACGUGUCUGGUCUCAGCUUCUGAUUCGUCGUCUGGUUCAAACAUUCUGCACUUUGAGUUUGGGCUCAGGAUAAAUUUUAAAUCAUAACUUUUAAACUGUUAAACAUCUUUUAAAAACAUUUGAGUGGAAAUAUGAAAAUUUCAACAUGAGGUGUAAAUUGAAGUUUAUGGUUUCUAUAAGCUUCAGAUCAGCCACUAAAUGAACUUAGUUUGAUUUCGUAUCUUUGCGUUUUUAAUUCAGUCAAAUCUUUUAAAUUUGAGUUCUAAAGUUCUAAAGAUUUAUUUUUGAAGAAAAACGAACACUCGAUCUGUGACAUAAAAGUAUGUAAGUCAUCUUCCACUGUUUCUUUCUCUCUUUAAAUUCUUCUAAACUUUCAUAGUCACUAAAUCAUGUUUAAUGUUACUUGAUUAUUUGAAAAAGUGAUCAGCUUCAAAAUCAAAUACAAAUGUUGAAUUUAGUUUGACUCAUUUGCUCCUUGGUGGGAACCAGGCCAGUGAGGGAUCAAGUCUGUGUUUUGCACCAGUGACUCCUUGUGGUCAGCCGUCAAAUCGCUCACCUUCAAUAAAAUCAUGAGACCAACGUGAACAUGAGGAUGUUUUACCGUGUUGUUUUUAAGAGUGUAGAUGUCGAGGGACACGUGUCAGACCUGCUGACGUCGGGUUUUAACUGGUUUUUAGGCAAUAUUGUAAAUACACUCAUCUCAGUUUCAGGUUGGUUUUUAUUUUGUUAAAGACUUAAAUCAUUUUAAGGAUGUUUUUGUUUCUGCAGCGAGGUGAUAGUUGAGCCUUUGACCUUUGACCCCAGCUCGCUCCUCUGUCAGCUGUUAGCGUCCUCCUUCGUCCCGUCUGUGGGAAAAACUGUGUUUAACUUUUUGUGUGAUGUAACAAAAACAGUACUGAGGGGUUUUCAAUAAAAUCUAUAAAAGAAA